AUGCGUCCACCAAUGAUGUUAGGCGGUCGCUUGUUUGGUCUCCAAAGACAGAGGGAAGGAGUUGCUGCAAAUGCCCAACCACGGGAAGAAUUUGUACCUGUUGAACGAGAUUCCCGAGUGCUUCACCCAUCUAGACAUAAUGGAGCUAAAUGGUUCAAGAACAAGACUGAAAUAUCAACACGUGUAAGGAAAAUCAUUGAAGGAUGUUUUAAAGGACCAUGGUACAGCUGGAGAAAAGUGCCCCAAUUUUACAAGGAUGUUUGGUAUUCAACGUUUAAGACUAAGUAUGAGUGGCAUAGCUCCAUCGAAGAUCUAGUGAAAGCUAACUUUGAUGAACUAGCUGCCACUCGCCUCAAAGGAAUGGUGAGCCUUGCAAAAUCCAGAGGAGUGAAACCGGAUUGGAUUCUUUCAGAACAUUGGAGAGUAAUGUCCGAUUACUGGAAGACACCAAAAGCCAAAGAAGAAAGUGAGAAAGCUCGUCAGGCUCGUAUGUUUAACCGUGAUGGUUUAGGUCCACACAGCCACAGAUCAGGCUCACGUUCCUAUGCCAAAGUUCAAGUUAAUCUGAUAGCAAAUAAUGAAGACUUUUCCUUCAUUGCUGUGAUGAAGAAAACACACCAGAAAUCAGAUGGAUCAUAUGGUGAUGAAAGAGCACGCUUAAUUGCAGAAAAAUAUGAUGAAUAUUUGCAGGAACGAUUGUCACAGGUCGAGCCUUCUAAUGGAGAGGUUUUGAUGGAUUCUCUUACUGUGGAGGAAAGAAAUGAAAUCUAUCUGAAGGUUGCUGGAAUAUCAAAACAAGGUCGCGUAUUUGGACUUGGGUCACUUCAAAGUGGAGUUUAUAUGCCACUAGAUGGUUCUGCAGUUUCACCACAAGCUGUUGAAGAUGAUGGUACUUUAACUCACCGAGUCAAGGAGCUUGAGUCAGACUUGCAGAAGGGUAAUGAAGAGAAAGUUCAGUUUCAGAAUAGGAUUGAAGCAAUGGAGAAAAUAUUGAAGACUGCUUUUGGUGAAAAUGUGUUGACUCCAACAGAUACAAGCCCACCCGAAUGA